GGAGGGUUGGCAGGAGGGAACGAGCAUGGACGCCCUGGCCCGACUUCAGGCGAGGCUAUCGGGGCUGCGGGAGGAGUAUUUCCGUAGGAAAAGAUCUGUAGAUGAAAUCAGAAAAAUAGAGUACAAAGCUGCUAUCAAAAUCCAGAGCUGGUUUCGAGGAUGCAGAGUCCGAGCCUAUCUGAGAUAUCUGAACAAAAGGGUGAUUUUUAUACAGAAGUGGUGGAGAGGUUAUCAAAGCAGAAGAUACUUCAGAAAAAUGGUGGAGACAGCAUAUUUUAUUAUGAAGAUGAAUUUCUACAAUGAAAUGGCUGUCAGGAUUCAGAAAAGAUGGCGAGGCUAUUAUGUUCGGAAAUAUAUCCAUAAUUAUUACGCACUGAAGAAAUACCUGGAAGCCAUUUCUGUGAAUAAUGAGAUUGUCAGGAAUGAACUCCAAGAGUACGCAGAAAUGAAGGAAAAGGAGGAGAAAAGGAAAGACAUAGAAAAGAAAGAAAAGGAAAAGAAAUACCAAGCCCGAAAGAUGCAUUACCUCCUUAGCACUGAGAAGAUUGCAGGUAUCUACAAUUCACCGCUCAGAAAAUCCCCAGAUCCAAUGGAACUGCUUCUACGGAAGUCAAAGCCAUUGAGCCACAGACAGCAGCAAAUGAAGAGUCCCUUCGCCUAUGAGCUCUAUGACUGGCCAACUUGUAAAAGGCCUCCGACUUUCUCCACAGCACAGCCACUACCACCUAUUGGCAGACAGAAACCUCAGGGGCCUUUCCGCGAUACUGCUGAAGUAUUGCAGCAGCGCUACAAGCCUUUGGAACCAACCUUGCGAGUGGCAGCAUCAAUCAAUUCACCACUAGAGAAGGCCAGAGAGGAAAUGAAAAAGGAGGAAUGGAGAAAUUGUAUACAUGACAAUGAGUUUCUGCCAUUUUCUUCGUAUCAUAAAAAUGAGAAGUAUGACCCAUCGAUUCAUAGGUCAGUCAAAUAUGGCCAAGAAACUUAUGGAAUUAAACACUUCCGAGAAGUACAGCCUAAGAAGUGGGUAGCAGACAAGGACUUCCAGACAGUGUUACCAUCGAUUGUUCUCUUCGAAAAGUUUGGAAAAACUUAUUCCAGAGCUGGGCAAAUAGUGUAAUUGUCCUGUAAACAGCACAAUAUAAGACACCUGAGACGUAAUCAAUAAAUGUAUUUCACCAAAUGCACAGCAGUAUGUUGACUGAAUGUCCCAUAAAGUACUCUUUCUAUAAAGUGAUGUAUGCUAUGUCUGAAGUAGUGUUACUUGAUUUUGCUUGAUCUUUAAACUAUACAGCUUCCAAGAUUUAUAAAAAAUUAUUUUUGCUGUUUUGCCAGAAAACCCCAAGUAAUACCUUAGGAAGUUUAUUUCAAAAAUGCUGUAUUUUAUUUAAUGUGAAUCCUUUAGGAUAGAAAACCAGAGUAAUCAAGUAAAAGACUUGGAAUCACAUUGUAUUUAUUACAGAUUUGUGAGGUUAACACUAAAAAAAAAAAGUUUAAAAGUUACAUCUGUUGUUUUUUUCUCACAACUCUACAUGUAUCUGGUUCAUCAUUGUUCACCAUUUUUAGUGUUAGUAUACAUCCUUUUUGGAUACUGAUCCACCUCUCCAGAAGGACAGGAUAGGCUAUUUUCAUGGGCUUUACUAUUUUAAAUCCUUUUAGCUCUUCUGUAGGUGAUAACAACAUCAGCGUUGAAAAAAUAAAGUUCUAACAACAUAUAGACCUUA